UAAAGUUAACUAUAUUGUAUUAUAUUAGAAAAGGAGCCCUAGAAAUGGAACAAUUAUGAUAGAAAUAGCAGUAUCCCAAAUCGGUACAAGUCAGAACCUGCACUCGGGCUAGUUUGACUCCGGUAUGUUGUGAGUGACGUACAUGCCGGUCGCGAAAUGUUUUAGCAAGACUCUGGAGGAGGUGAAUUCCCAGGUUGCUCUGGAGUAUGGCCAAGCCAUGACUGUCCGUGUAUGCAAAGCGGAUGGCGAAGUAAUGCCCAUAGUGGUGGUGCAGAAUGCUAUGGUGCUGGAUUUGAAGAAAGCCAUUCAGAGGUUCAUGGAGCUGAAACAGCAACGGGAGGGUGGGGUGAAGCAUGUCAGCUGGAGAUACGUAUGGAGAACCUUUCAUCUCAUAUUUCAAGGGGAGAAGCUUGAUGAUGACAAAAUGAAACUAAAGGAUUAUGGGAUCAGAAACAGAGAUGAGGUGACAUUCAUGAAGAGACUGAGGAAGAAGUGAAACGGAGGUACAAGUAGUCUUCUGAACUACGAUCUCAUCUGAAAGAUGUUCACAGGCAAUGUGGUACCAUUGUAAUGAUGACUGUAACUAAUACAAUUUUAUGGCCGUGUGAACGAGAGAAGCUAUUGGAAAAUACCACUGUCUUAUGUGCCUGUGGCAUUUUCCAUUAUAAUAAGAUAAUACUCAUUUCGAAAGGACUCAACAUGUGUAUUUCUUGCACUCCCCAUGGGAGUAUAACACUGGCAACCCUUUUAAAUCUAUAUUUUAUGUUUAUAAUAUUAUUGAUAAUACAUUGAGUUGAACAAUGAGCUUCCAACUUCAGAUCUCACUACCGUGUGGAGUCCUGCCUACUCUGUGAGUUGCCUGCACAGUCCCCGUUGCUUCAGACCUCUAUGUUUCAACCUGGAGAUGUACAGCAACUAUAGUCAUACACUGACAUGACUCAGUUGAUGUCUAAAAGUUUUUUCAAUGGACAUCUCAAACGUUUUUUUUUUUUUUACAUGUCGUAGAUAUGAUUGUGUGGAAUGUUUCGUACAGUCUCAAUUGUUUAUUGUUUGGCCAUAUUCUCUUGUCAUUUUGUACAGUAAAAUUGUGCCACUUCAAAUAUGAAUAAAGGCUACAGUGCAACCAAACAC